AUGCGUUCGAGAAGUGGUUCUAGUGUACGUUUGGACUGUUUGAUGCAUCUUGUUGAAGAGACCAUUCUAAAAUAUCAAAAUCCUGUUACUGGCUUAUUCACCAAUGACAUAGAGGGUUCACCUGAUCAUGCUUGGGUGCGUGAUAAUUUAUAUGCAACUCAUGCAAUAUGGGCAAUGUAUCGUGCAUACCAAAAAAGUGCCGAUGUAAACGAAGAUCUCGCUAAAGCAAAUGAAUUAGGAUUAACCUGUGUGAAAACUAUGCAGUCAUUGUUGGAAUGUAUGAUGCGUCAAUCAAAUAAGGUUGAACAGUUCAAAUUAUAUCAGCGUAAAAAUGAUGCUCUUCAUGCUAAAUAUUCAGCACAAACAAAGAAUGCUGUUGUUGGUGAUGAUGAAUGGGGACAUUUGCAAAUUGAUGCAAUAUCACUCUUUCUACUAACACUAGCCCAAUUAACGGCAUCAGGACUGCAAAUUGUUCGAAAUUUUGAUGAAGUUGCUUUUGUACAAAAUUUGGUGUAUUACAUCGAAGCGGGUUAUCGAACACCGGACUAUGGUGUUUGGGAACGUGGUGAUAAAACAAACCAAGGAAUACGAGAACUAAACUCUAGUAGUGUUGGUAUGGUUAAAGCGGCAUUGCAAGCUCUCAAUGAUGUUGGCGAUUUGUUUGGAGAUGGUUCAAAAGGAUCUGUUAUUCAUGUAUUACCGGAUCAAAUUCAGCAAUGUUCAGCUUUGUUGACAUCAAUGUUGCCCCGUGAAUCAUUUUCUAAAGAAACUGAUUUGGCGCUUCUGAGUAUCAUUUCAUAUCCGGCAUUUGCAGUGGAAGAGCAAAGUUUAAUUCAACUUACUCGUCAAACAAUCAUUGAUACGUUGCUUGGUCGUUAUGGUUGUCGACGUUUUCUACGUGAUGGUUACAAAACACCAUUGGAGGAUCCAUCUCGUUUGUAUUAUAACAAUUCUGAAUUGCAACAAUUUGAAGAUGUAGAAUGUGAAUGGCCUUUAUCAAUUUGUUUUCUCAUGCUGGAUGCUUUGUUUUCUCGUGACGAUGUUAUGGUUGAACAUUACUGGACAAUUAUGCAAGAUAUUGUUAUCAGUGACAAUGGUUUACGACUAGUGCCUGAACUUUACAAAGUACCAUUUGAUAAAGUGGCGGAAGAAAAGCUACAACGUGGUAGCCAAGUUAGAGAAGCUUGUGGAGCAAUACCAUUUUUAUGGGCACAAGCACUGUAUAUCAUAUGUUGCUUACUAUAUGAUGGUUUUCUAACACCAGCUGAACUGGAUCCAUUACGAAGGCGAUUAUCAGCAUAUGAAAAACAUCCUCCUUGCGAAGUUCAAGUAUCAAUAUUGGCUGAAACAUAUGAAGUACAGCAAGAACUGUUGGCACAAGAUAUACAGGUGCAGAAUAUUAGUGAAAUUGAUGAAUUAUUUUGCAUUCAACCUCCAUCUGUAUUUGCUCGAAUUCUAUCAAGAUUAGGAGAAUCUGAAAAAUUGGGACUCACCGGUCGUCCUUUGGAUCGUGAGAUUGGUGUACUCAGCACUAGUAAACUUUAUCAACUGGGGCAAAAAUUCGUCAUUUUCACACCACAGUUUAUGGAUCAAAAACGUUCAUAUUUGAUGUAUGAUAUUCGAAUUCUUAUGAAUGAAUGGAGUUCAGAGCUUCAAUAUAUAUAUAGCAGUUGGAAUAACACGUCAGUAUCUGGUCGACCAUUAAUUGUACUAAUUGUUGCAAAGAAUAUGCUUGAAGCAGAUAUGACACCAAGUGAUAGUUCCUUUACUGAUGUUCACAUGAAAGCAUCCGUUAUAGGAACGAUCAAAAAAAUUGCAACAGGUUAUAUUGGUGGCGCAAGAGUAGUCAUGAAGAAUAUAUCGGAUUUUUUCCGAACCACAGCAGUUAGCAAAUUGGAAUUUUAUGGGCAUAAUGCUGAAGAUUUGAUUUUUAAAGAAGAAGAGGGAGCAAUGCAUCGAAAUCUACCAUGUUCGAACGUUGAUAAUUUAAAACUAAUUCAUCCAUUACAAUCAUUGCCUGAACAAUUAUCAUUGAGAAGUAAUGCUGAGCGCUAUAGUAUUGUAUACAAAACUUCAAUGCGACAUCGUAGUAUUAUGAUUGAUAGCGAUGAUCAAGAUCUCAUCAAAUUAUAUUUAUCUUAUGGUAAACAAGAACAAAGCAGUCCAAAUUCAACAAAUGAUAAAUGUCCACCUUUGAAACGUUUUUUAUCACCUGAAAAACGUACUUCUACAGAUGAUUUGAUACGAACAUCGUCAGCAGUAUCUCUAAGAAGUACAUCUAGUGGCGAUUCAGAAAAAAAAUUGGAUACAGCACAAAUGGACGAAAUGUCAACAGCAGAUUUGAUUGAUAUGUUAAUUGGGACAAGUAUUUUAGAUGAGCAAGCAUCCAUUGUUCAUUAUUUGUGGAUGAAAAAAGGACCUGAUUUUGAUACUGAGUUGAAUAAUAUGAAAGGUGCAACCGUUCGAGCACUCAUGGAAGAAAUAUAUUUAAAGGCAUGUGAAAGUCGUAAUUGGUCUUUGAUUCGUCUAUCAUUUGGAUUGUUGAAACGUUUACUGGAUGAAUUAUCCAAAUCAGUAACUCAUCUUUUAGUACGUCAAAAGCAGAUCACAGUUGGUAUGCCAUCAAAGAAUGAGCAAGCAAUUACAACUCCAAAAACUAAAGAAGAAUUGCAUGAAAUUUUUAAGCUUAUCUAUAACGAUGACGCGAAUAGUUAUGCUUUGUCACAGGAAAUUAUCGUUUGUCUUGGUUCAUUGGUGUUAACGGAACCGCGUUUGUUUGUAGAAAUGUUCAGAAUACGUAUUGGACUAAUUAUACAGGUAUUAGCCAGUGAGCUGGCUCGUUUUAGUAGUAUCAGUGGAAUUGAUGCGACACAGAAAUUAUUUCAACUUUCACCAUUUCAAGUAAAAUCAAUGCUGUUAUUGUUGUUAAGCGGUCGACUUCUGGAAGAUUUUAGUAUGGGUGCCGAAUCUGGUGCAAAAGAGCAACGUAGUGGUUUGGGUUCUAUAAGAAAACAAAUCGAGGAACGAAAAUCACGGAGAUCCAUGAUAGUGAGUGAUAGUACUAUGGAUGUUGAUAUGAAUGCAUUGGCUCCAACUGAUUCUGAAGAAAUAGAUGUUGACGAAGCCGAAAAUUUCCAAUUCGGUAUUUGGCUAAGACAUCGUCGAAUUGAUGGAGCUUUGAAUAGGGUUCCACCUAAUUUUUAUGCAAUGUUGUGGGAUACUGUACGGCGUUUUCCACGUGGUCUGUCAAUCAAUCAUAUUGUUCUGCAUUGGGGUGUCACACAGGAGAUGACACGUAGAGAAAUCAAAUUUGCGUUACAAGUUGAGGAAGUAUUAAAUCAGAUUGCUCAACCCGAAUAUCGUGAAAUUAUGAUAGAAGCUUUAUCACUUUUAAGCAGAAUGGAUAUAUUAUUGAAAACUGACAGUCCCAAUAUACCUUAUGAUCAAUCGUUUGUAGUAGAUUCUAUACUACGCAGAGCAAACGAAUUAUUUGUUGAGCAUAAUAAGAAAAUGGAAACAGUUGUAAUGGAAUGUUGUGGAUCUGGGAAGCGUUGUGAUGGUGCUCAAGGAAUGUGUCAAUAUUUCUAUGAUUCAGCUCCAGCUGGUGAAUAUGGUACAGCUCAUUAUCUGAUAAAAGCUUUAAUGGAUAUUUUCAUUUUAUAA